AAUCAUAAAACAAGACAUCAACAAACACAACGGCGGGAUAGAUGUAGGUCUCAUGAAAACCUCACACUUUUAACUUUUCUAUCUAUAUCCGGAACCGAAAGUGCCAUAGUCUGUUAGCACAACCAUCAGGAUGAGUGCAGGAGACACUUCCACUUUGUCAGCUGAAGGACAAAUCCUUGGAACUUACGUUACCAGCGGGUUCCUGACCCAGGAGGAGAUUGAUGCUGUGCAAAAACAAGACGUUUUUUCGUCCAAUUUGUAUAAUGUUGUGAAACUGAAUGAAAGGCAGCGCAAGAAUGAUGAGAAAACACUUCAACUUCAGUUACUUAAGAUGGAUAAGGAGUUUGCCGAUGUCUCUCACAGUCACUACUUAAACCCCAGGAUUGAUGCCCUUCAGAAGUUUAAUACCCACCUCCAGAGGCUCCUCCAGGAGCACAUCAGCUUGAAGAAGAGGCUCAUGAAGCCCAUGGCUGAACUAAGCCUACCUGUACAUGCAGACAUGCACAAAGAUGUGGUGGAGCUCGUCAGCAUGGUUACAGACUUCAUGGAGGACUUAGACUUGAAGAUAAAGACAGUUCAGUCUAUUCCCAACACUCAGGAAGACAUUAACAAGCUGAACAUGGCCAUGGCUCAGCUCCUGACCCUGGUGAAAGAGGUGGAGGCCCUCCACCAGCAGGUGCUCCAGUGGAGAGAUAAGCACCAAGGACCCAACGCAGAAAAACAGGCCGUAGAUGAUGGCUGGGCAAGAUGACAGCCAGACAGUUCAAGUUCAAUGGAUUUCUUAUGAUGCACUUUGUUGUUUUUGUUUAUGGCGUAGAUCUAAUGUCUUAAUGUUUAUGUCCAGGUUUAUUCUGACACUCAUUCCUUUUGCCAUGGCUGUUCAGCUACACGACUAUAAAAAUGUUUGUGUUUGUUUUUUUAACUCUGUGUUGCAGCUUUAGCUUUGAACAUGUAAAAGAGUCUUUGAAGAGGCCAGAGGUUAGGGUAUUACAUAAGUACAUCACUCCUCAAUUCACAGUCAGUCCUUUCUGCUGCCUCUGUCUAUUCUAAAACCAUCACUUUAUUAUGCAAAUAAAACCAUAUGUCUAGCAAUAUCUAAUGCCGUUGCUAUUUUUUAUAUUUGAAGAUUAUUUUGUUUUUGGCCAUAUUUUCUGGUGAGGAGGACGUUGUGUCAAAGUCAGUUUCGAUUAAGAAUCCCAAAUACCAAGUUGGCCUAGGAAAGUAAAAGAUUAAACCAA